AUGGCACCUAUCACCACUUAUCAUGACCUCGAGCUUCCUGCCUAUAUUAUGGGCGCCGUGGUAGCGGGCGGAGGCAUCAUGGGAUACGCCAAGUCGGGCUCUAUUCCUUCCAUUGUAGCUGGCUGCACUGUGGGACUCCUAUAUGCCCUGGGCGGUUACCGUAUUCAGAAUGAGGAGCCAUAUGGAGUUGAGCUCGGCUUGCUUGCCUCGAUCAUUCUUGGAGGUUCAGCCUUCCCUCGAGCUCUUCGUCUGAGGAAGCCAGUCCCUAUUCUUCUCAGCGUUAUCUCGGCAUUUGGCCUCUAUACUUUUGGCACUGCUUUUCGAAGAAAAGUUUAA